AUGAAUACAAUCCACAUUGGAAUUGCCACCUGUGCUGUAGAACUCAAUUACAUUGGAAUGUUUGCAAACUACAUACUCGUUUCAUCUUCCGGCAACCUCUUGGCAUUUAGAAGCCACACCGGUCUUCUUAAAACCAUAAUUAUCCCCAUUUCUUCUUGUGAUACUACGACAUUUUUAUUUGCUCCUAGAAAAAGAUUCGGCCUUUGUGUGAGCCACUCACCUUUAGCCUCCUUCAUUAGGCGUUUCUCUUCUUCAAAUGCUCACCUUUCUCCAACUCUCAGUCCUGAAAAGAAUGUUGUGGACAUCCUUGAAGAGAGGGGCCUACUUGAGGCCCUCACCGGUGAUUCUCUCAGAGACAAAGCAUCGACGUGCUCCCUUCGGGUUUACUGUGGUUUUGACCCCACUGCUGACAGUCUUCACCUGAGGAAUCUCUUGGGUAUAAUUGUCUUAACUUGGUUUGUCCGCCUUCGACAUCAGGUUGUUGUACUUAUUGGUGGAGCUACGGGGCGAGUUGGUGAUCCUUCUGGCAAGAGCACUGAAAGGCCCGAGCUUGACAUUGAAACCCUUGAAAACAAUAUCGCAGGAAUUUCGGCAACUAUUCGGAACAUCCUUGGAAGGGCCGCUGCUGGAAAUGAAGGCAGUUCGAAAAAAAUGUUGCUGUUUUAA